CAGCGCAGGGCCGCGACGGCCGCUCCCUGGCUGGCAGUGCUCGCUAAGAUGGCGGACUUCCUGCCGUCGCGGUCCCCGCUGUCGGGCUGCUUCCCGGGCUGUCUGCUCAACAGCAGCGAGGCCGAACAACAGCGCAAGUCCAAGGAGAUCGACAAGUGCCUCUACCGCGAGAAGACCUACGUCAAGCGGCUGGUCAAGAUACUGCUGCUGGGCGCGGGCGAGAGCGGCAAGAGCACCUUCCUCAAGCAGAUGCGCAUCAUCCACGGGCAGGACUGGGACCGCGCCGGCCGCGAGGAGUUCCGCGCCACCAUCUACAGCAACGUCAUUAAGGGAAUAAGAGUCCUUGUGGAUGCUCGAGAGAAACUGCAUAUUCCCUGGGGAGAUCCUGCUAACCAAAAGAAUGGUGACAAACUGAUGGCUUUCGAUACCCGUUCAGCAAUGGUGGCACAAGGGAUGGUGGAGACCACGGUUUUUUUACAGUACCUUCCAGCAAUAAGAGCCUUGUGGGCAGAUAGUGGUAUCCAGCAUGCCUAUGAUAGGCGCAGAGAAUUUCAGCUGGGAGAAUCUGUAAAAUAUUUUCUUGACAAUUUGGAUAAACUUGGAGAACCAGAUUACCUUCCCUCCCAGCAAGAUAUUCUCCUGGCACGAAGACCCACAAAAGGGAUCCAUGAAUACAAUUUUGAGAUUAAAAACGUCCCCUUCAAGAUGGUUGAUGUAGGUGGCCAAAGGUCAGAACGAAAACGUUGGUUUGAAUGCUUUGACAGCGUCACUUCAAUACUGUUCCUGGUCUCAUCAAGUGAAUUCGACCAGGUACUUAUGGAGGAUCGACUAACAAACCGCCUUACAGAGUCUCUGAACAUUUUUGAAACUAUAGUCAACAACCGAGUUUUCAGCAAUGUCUCCAUCAUUCUCUUCCUAAAUAAGACAGACUUGCUUGAGGAAAAAGUGCAAAAAGUUAGUAUCAGAGACUAUUUCCCAGAAUUUGAAGGGGAUCCCCACUGCUUGCUAGAUGUCCAAAAAUUCCUGGUAGGUUGUUUUCGUACCAAGCGCCGGGAUCAGCAGCAAAAGCCCUUAUACCACCAUUUCACCACUGCUAUAAAUACAGAAAACAUCCGCCUUGUGUUCCGUGAUGUCAAGGAUACCAUCCUUCAUGACAACCUCCAGCAGCUCAUGCUACAGUGACAUGCAAGAAGACUUUGAUUUGUGUUAGUCGUUUACAGCAGGAGUUAGAAGAAAAAAAAACUGGUCUUGUCAGGCCUCAACUGUGUGGAUACAAACUGCUGCUGAUCAAGUUGUUUCCAAUUUCUCCUGAAAUUUGGGCUUUAAUAUCUUCCACUGUAGUUUCAUUUUGAAUCAUUUCUAAUUUCUUAACAGACCUCAAGUUUUUAAAAGCUAACUUGGAAGUUUUGACUUCUUCCAUCUUUCCAAACUGGUUAAAUUUGUAUUCCUGAACUGUUGUGUGCUAUCUGUAGAAAUGGUUGCAGGACUCACUUUGGAAACUUGAUAGAUUAAAGAGGUUUGAUGAUAUGGGAAAGGGCUGUAGGGAAAAUGUGAUACAUUUGCAUUUGAAGACCACUUUUUAAGUAUGGUUUCUAUUCCUCCAGAGAUUCUGCAUGGCCAACAGCUAUGCUUUUUAAAAAAGUUAAUCUGUAUUUUACGUUUACAAGUGCAUUUUUGCUUCCAUGCCAAUAGCAGUUGCUCUCAAAUGGUACCAGAAAGGAAAUCAGUAGAGGUUUACUACCAUUGAAUAUGUCAGGUGGAAUCAGGCAUGCAAAGGGACAUUCUAAACUUGAUUGGUCAUUGUGAGAUCAUAACAGUUUUUCAAAAUUUCUCAUGUUUUACAGUUUGGAGCUAAGCUAAUCUAAACCACAUAGUUGCCUACAGCUUUGGGAGUAUCUGUCAAUUGUGAAUUAUCAAUUGUACCCUUUUUCCUUCAGUUAGUCUAGAUUCUAUGUUGAGCAAUACAUGGGAGAAGCUAACAAAAAGGGUUUUUUUCCCAGCUAAAGAGAGCUUGUGUUUUGGAUAGCAGAUGCAUGUCAUUAAAGUAACAGGACAGUGUUGGGAGUAUACGCAGCUGUAGAUGAAACAGUACUGGCCCUUGUAUUGGUAGCCAAAAAGGCAAGACAUUUUUUCAGAAAGAAAAAAGUUUAAAGCAACUGAAUUACAUCCCAGAUAUACUGUAGUAUAAAAGUAUUUUUUAUAAAAGUCCUCCCCUCAAUUAUGACACCUCUCUAACUCAGCCUUGCAAGCAAAUACUCACUGAAAAUAUAACAGAGUUGUUGAACUGAUAAUUGUUUUCAUCUCAAUUUUGAGGAAGCUGGUGGUACCAGAGGUGACUUUUGAUUUCUCAGGUAUUGGUUAAAAGUCUAUUUAUUACCAGUUGAUCUCUGGUCAGCCUAGUUUAAUUAUUGGUAAACUUUCACAGGUAUUAUACUAUGCUUUAAAGAAAUCUGUAAAAGGGAUUGACACUUUUCUGUUCUAAUGCUUGAAUGCCAUAAAGGUCUAACAGUUAACAUGACCAGAGGUUAGCAGUACAGUUUCCCUUUUCUGUGGCAUAGGCUAAAGUAUGCAUUUGAGAGUGAUAGAAAAUGCAUUAAGGGCUACUAUUACGGAAUUUUGGGAAAGGGUGAAAGUCAGUAAAAAUCUCCAUAUUUUUGAAAAAAUAUUUUUCUUAUGUAAUAUGUUAGAUGAAGAUAAUUUCAGAUCCUGUGCCAAUUGUGCAUUUAAUAGGUUUAACUUUCUUCAGUGGGCCUAGUCCAGCCUCAGUAAGCAUUGUUAAAUGACGCAAAGUUUAUUAACCUAAAGUGCCUCUUGAUUUGUUUUCCUUGCAGUGUCCUUACGAGAAUGCCAGUUUCCCUGUGAGUAGCUUUUGCAGUAGGGGAUAUGGAGUAGGAAAACGACUCCUUCCCCGAGCUCUGCAUAGAGACUGCCAUUAGCUUAACCAGAAUCCUGAACGUUUUGCUGGUGCCAUUUCUGCCACUUUUGCAUUUUAGAAUUCUAUCAGAACACAAAGAAACAGAAUGCUUUUUACUAAGCAUGUAUGUACUGAGCACUGUGUUAAUCAACUGAAUUCUUGACUGCAUCCAUCAAGACUCCUGCCAGAUGUAGACGGUGUAUAAGCUUAAAUAAGAGUGACAAAAGCUUUGUUUUGUUGGUUCAGUUUUAUAUACUGGUUGGAAUGAAGAUCAUGUAAAGACAUUUUCCAUUGUACAUUAGACAGAUGGUUGUAAGCAGAGAGUGAAGGGACUAUUUUCUGGGGGGGGGAGUAUCUAUGCUCUAGCAUUAUAGCUAAAGAGACUAAAAUUAGGGGGCUAUUUACAUGGGUGGUAACUGACUUGCCUAAAUGAGAUAAGAAACACGGUGGCUGUAUCUGUCCCUGGCACCUUUUUAAACCACAAAUAAUCUGGGUGGCUACAAGUAUAUGUGAAGAAAGGGGGAGGGUGCAUAAUCCUUUCUUCACCAGUCGUUUCCCCAUUCAGAAUACCCCCACUGUGUUUCUUUCUGCCAGAGUAAAUAUGGGUACGAAUAUCUAUCACAUGAAAUCACUGUUUAUAUCAGAAAUUUGAAAGAAAUCUUGCAUCUUCAUAAAGUAAUAUCAGACAAUCACCAUCCUAUAUUCAGCAGUGUCCAGUCUAUUAUUCAGAAGCCACAUGCAGCUCUUGGACAAGUAUAGCACGGUUCACUAACCAAUGCACUUUGUAGCUUCCAUGGCCCUUAGGUGCCUUUCAUGUUUUCCCACCAUACUUGGUCCUUUUCUUCUCUUUAUGCAUCAGCCAUUACUUUUUCAGCUGUCAAACUGCCCCUAUGACUUGUGGAGCUGGAAUAAGUGUGUAUGUAUAAGAUUUCACAGCCUCUUCCCUUUUUUUCAUCAGUAUGAGCCUGUGGAAAUGGAAUGAGGUGGAGGAACCAGUUCGGUGGUGGAAUUCACUUUAGCUUUUCUGAUGCUGCCCAUCAGCAGCCACCACUUUCACUGCUGCCUGUUACAACCAAAAGAAGAGUGCAGAGUUUCCUGUAGGAUCUGUCAUUCCCCGGGCAUUUUUGCUUGGCUAAUUUUCUUGUCCAACCAUUUUGGGAGGGUGUAAGCAUGUUCCACCUUUCCUUUCUCCUCAGUUGGGAGGCCUACAGUCAUUGCUGUCUGUGAAAGAACAGCUCUGCAAGAAGGGAAGCACAUCCUCAGUGUUGGAUCUUGAGCAUGUUUACUUGGUAGCAAGUUCCAUUGAUUUCAGCAGAGCUUUCUCAGCAUACAGUAUGAAUAAAAUCCAGUCUUAAUGGGUCAAAACUGUUUUGGUUGCUGCGCAAUCCUGCGCUUGCUUGCUUUGCAGUAAAUCCCAUUGGUUUCAAAAAGGCCUGUAUGCAAGUGUGCAUAUACAAGUGUGAGAUUGCAUGCUCAAGAGACUAACAGGCCUCGACAGGAAGGAGAUGGCAGUGUAGAGGAUGAGGGGAAAGGGGUGAUGUCCAGAAGAUGGAAUCAGCAAGGCUUUAUUGCAGGCAGGCAAGUUCACUUAAAUUGUGUUACAUUUUUAGAUACAUAUCAGCAAAUCAAGCUGGUUUCUCAUUCAAAGGGCCAGGACCAAGGUCAGUGUUUGAUGUACAUUUAGAUUUAUAUGGAUUUGUUUCCAGCUUUUGCACCUAAAUAAGUUCUGCAUCUUCCCCUUCCCAAUUCCCCACAACGAAUUUACAAGUUGGUGGAUUGCCCCCUCCACGUUCUCAUGUGGAUAAAAGGCUUAAUAGUACAUUCUUUAUAAAUUAAGUUGUAUUACAGACUUUGUUCAGGCAACAUCAUGCCAAACUAUCCAUAAUGAGUAAAGUACGAUCUUAAUGUUUCUCUCAACCCAGAUAUUAGCCCAGAAAAGCACUUCAAUAUCUUGCAGCUCUACAGAUUCUGACGGUUGAAAUUUUAAAGCUUGGAAGGUUGGCAAAUUUGGCUACUGUUGCUAUACAGAAUAGUAAUUGUCCCAUAAAACAGAGAAACUUUUUUCUGCCUCUGUUCCUUUUCCUUGCCUUGAUAAGUGAGCAAGCUGAGCUAUAUUGGGUCUAAGGCACCAGACAGGGAACUGGAAGAAAAGAUUUGGCUUUCUUAUGCUCUCAAGAUCUUUGCUUUUCUGGGAAACUCUUAAAAAGUUGAGAAAUUUCCUACCAGUCCAAACACAACUUACCAAGAUGUCUUUCUUACUAACAGAAGUAGCUUGCUCAGUCCUCUAAAUUCCACCACUUGAAUCAAUGUAUAGGAUGUCCUUAGAAGGUUAAUCCUUAGAUAAAUGGUUAAUUUGAAAUAUCGAAAUGUAUUUUCAUAUACCUCUUUCAAACACAGAGCUAAUUUGUCAGAUUGAAUUAGAAAAAAAUAUUUUUCGCAGAAAAGUAUUUAAAUAUAUGUAUAUAUUUAUAGUUUCUAUUAAAUAUUUUAACUUUACAAAUUUGGGGCGAUUUUUUAAAACUACAGUGGAGUAAAAACUAAUCUGCCUGUGAAAUUUGUGAGAAACACUUUUAAAUCUGAAACAAAACAACAGAAGUCAUUCUUAAAAAGUAACACAAAGUUGUUUUUUUAAAGAAUUGUAGGGCUAUGGAUUGGGUCCUAGGUAGCCGUUCCACAUUAAUUAUGCUGGGGGAACAGUGCUUUUGAUGGCAGAAGAGGAAGCAGGAGUUUCUUCUUCCCACUGUAUGGCCCUAUGUUGGGCUCCCGUGCUGUUCCUGAGGGUUCCCUGGGCUCAGUGGCUGGCAGGAGUAGUUCAAGAUGCAGGUGGAUCCCAUUCCAUAAGUCUCACUCUGUCACCAAUGACAAUUACAGUGUAACCCUUAAUCUUAGACUUGGGGUUGAGUUUGCAGAGUAUAAACAGUGAUUUCUCAAAGUUGGAAAGAAAGCCAUUUUCUCACUAGGAAAUAAAUGUCAAUACAAAAUGGGACUAAUGUUAGAUUCUGUGCAACAUUGAUUCCACAAACGCAAUUUGCAAGAGUACUUGGGAUGGAGAAAAGAGGGGGAAAACUUGGGGCAAGGGCCAAGAUUUCCAGGUUUUUGAAUAUGGUCUAUUAUUUGUCUCACAUAACCCAAAUGUGAUGGUAACUGUAAGGUUAGUUUAAAAACUAGCUUUAAGAAUCCCAAGUAGCAAGAUGAUGGCAGAAGGUCUCUUCUCUGACUACAGUGCUUCCUUGUCCAGAUUGUUUAGUAGUCUUAAUGUAUGCUGGUCGAAUUCUCCUGUUAUAUAGUGUUCUAUAAGCCUCCAUGAGGGUACUUUAAUAUAGCCAUCUUUACAAAAUGUCAUAAGAAUUACUUAGCAUUCUAAUAGUGCCAUUUGCAGUUUCCUUACCUUAUACUUGAAAGCAAAUUAUUUCCGCUUAUUGAAAAGUUUCCCAUCUGUCCACAGCAGUGAAAGCUUAUGUUUUCUAUAAAGCCUUAUCUCGGGAUAUAUUUUGUAACAGCCUCACAAACUUUAUCUAAUGAUACCAAGAUUUGUAUUAGCUUUGUAUAAAUGGGGGAGGGGGGGCUUUACUUUUUUAUAUACAUGUUAACUUUUGUAACUCUCCAGGGAUGAAGAGAUUCUCUUAACUUUGUAAAUGUCCCCCUUGCCUUAGUUCAGCAUUGGCAAUAAAUUAUUUCUAAAGGUCUUAAAAGGCAUAAUUUUAAGAAGGUUCGAUUACAGAUAGAUGAUAAAAGCUUCUUUUUAGUUGUAUAUUGCUCUGUACAUGUUUUGCAGAAGUGUUGCCUUCCAGCUAUUAAUAUUUGCCUUGUGUAAAAUAAAUUACUGACAGUAAAUGAACAGUAUACAUCCUCAUUCUGAAAAUGAAAUUUUGUAUUCUUGUACAGAUGUGGUAUUUUACCAUAGUGGCAAUGUAGACAGUAUCAACUGGCUGGUUUGGAAGUUUCAAUUAAAACAUUAACUCUG